AUUAACUGGAUUAAGUAUUUCAACAGAAUGCUGAAUGGCCAAAUUAAAAAUAAAACGUUAGUUGUUAUGGAUAAGAAUUUCAUUAUCAAUUUUGCCGAACUCAUCACAAAGACAAACACGAGGGUGGUAGCCAAUUACAUGAUGUGGAAGAUAGUUCAAGAAUUGUCAGAGAACUGGAAGAUUCCGAAACAUAGGUCACGAAGGAGCUAUGUAGAUCCUCUUUGGAAACGAUGUCUCCAUUCCCUUAUGAAGGAAGAGCAAUUUAACAUGAGUUCUUAUUUCAUGGAACAUUACUUCAAAAAGGAAACCAAAGAUGACGUACUCAAGAUUUUUAAAUAUGUUCAUAAUGAGUUUUUAAAUAUGAUAGAAGAAAAGGAGUGGUUAGAUGUAGAAACUAAAAAACGAGCCAAAGAAAAGGCCUAUGACAUGAAAUUGUAUAUUGGAAACCCAAAAGACCCUAGGUCGGUUAUUUAUGUCUCUGAUCUUUACAAAAACGUAGCAAGAAUUAAUCUAGACGAAUCAGCGAAGAGGCGAAGUGGUUUCCCAGGAGAAGAACGGGAUAUCAUCUUGGAAACAUUUACAGCAAACGCCCGAUAUUCAUAUGAGGAAAAUGCUAUUGAGAUGCCCGUAGCAUCUUUACAGGAUCCCAAUUUCAACAAGGAUCGACCACAAUAUCUGAAUUUUGCAGCCAUCGGUCAUAUGAUUGGCCACGAGAUUUUGCAUGCAUUUAAUAACUUAGGUCGCUAUUUUGAUAAAAAUGGUAAUUACGUCGACUGGAUCAGAAAUAAAGCUGCCGAAAAUUUUGAAAAGAAGGUCAACUGUCUAAUAAAACAGUAUGAUAACUAUACUGAUAUGUACGGGAGGAAGAUCGAUGGGAAGGCACAGCAAGGAGAAAGUAUAGCUGAUAAUAGUGGUUUAAAUGCAGCUUACAGGGCUUAUCAGUCGUGGGUAAAAGACCAUAAAAGCGAAGGGAAAUUACCGGGACUGCAGAAUUAUACACAAGAUCAGUUGUUCUUUAUAAGCACAGCAAGAGUAAUGUGUGAGAAAUACACAGAUGUAGCAAAGAAUGAAGGUGCACAUGCGCCAAGUGACGUUAGAACUAUAGGAAUGAUAUCUAAUAUGCCAGAGUUUGCAAAAGCAUUUCAGUGCUCAGAAGAUUCUAAAAUGAACCGAAAAAAUAAGUGUCAAGUUUG